GUGAAUGCCUUCCAACCGUCCGUUCGAUUGGUUUCACGCGCAUCUCAGUUCCAGUGUAUUUCCAUUUAUACCGGACUGUGUCUCUGCUGGGUCUCUGUGUCUCUUGUACUUCCCCUCACUCAGACACUGCUGUUGCGCGACUUGAAAAUGACCACUGAUGUGGGAGAGACGGGGUUCCCCCAAAUAGUCCAGGAUGUCGAAAGUGUGUUCCUGGACACAUCCGUUCUCAACUUUCAGAAAGAACUUCGGAGGACUCGGCAUGAGGAAAUUAUCACAUUGACGAGUGUCUUUGGUACUAGGUUUGCGAGGUUCCCCUAUACCUUCUUCGCCCCGAUUCCUGCGUAUGGAUGGUAUUUGUGGUCGACUUGGACAAAUGUCGCCUACGUUGCAUCGACCUUCGAGACUCCAUUUGUUGAUUGGUUCAGAUUGGCUUCCUCCGCAUUUAUCAUCUCCAUAAUUCUUUGGUUCGUUCUCCUCUGGUGUCAAUUCACCUCUCUGCCCCCCGUACGAUGGGUCUACUGGUGGUGGUCCGAAAGGUUUCGUGGGAAUCUUGGGCUAAUAAACCUUCUUACACCAAACCUCUUCAAGGGUCUGCUCCAAGAACAAAUAGCUGCCGCCGAUGAUGCUCUUUCUUGUCCUCCUGAGCCCCAAGCCUCAGCAGGAAGCACUGCUCCUGUGAUUCGCGAAUUCAACCUUGAUAUUGCCAAACUCCUCAUCCAAAUUUCCUCAAUCGUAUACGAGCGGAGGAGCGAUGCCAUCUACGAGUCCGUCGAAGAAACCGCAAGAUCUCGCGGCCGAACCAUUAGCUUGGCCUUUACCGACAUCAACUUCGUUCGUGAUGCCCCCAGGUUAGCGAAACUUGGAUGGAACAGGCGUCGAUGGGGCACGGAUGUCAUCGAGGACUUUUGCAAAAAGACGGGACUUUCUUACACGCCAGUUAGCGAAUUGUCCACUUCAACAAGUGCCUUCUGUUCUUUCUUCUGGAAAGGUGGUGGAAACUGGAUUAUUGUUGCAUUCAAAGGCACUGGCCCUAUUGACUACCCCGAUUAUGUUGUCGACCUGACCACACGAAUGGUCCAUGCGGAUGAUGUCCUUCCCACGUUCAGCCAACUUCACAAAGGCUUCAGAGACCGAAUAUGGCCGAGCAGACUGCGACGCCUCUUUGAAAUAUCAGGAAGGAAACAUUCUUGGGACCAAAUUCGUACGAUGUUGAUCACACUUGCUAAUGACCUAGCCAGGCAACAACCCGCAGGCGAAAAGAUCAACGUGUGGUUCACUGGACAUUCCCUCGGUUGUGCAUUGUCUGGUCUUGCGUAUACCCGUGCAAUCAACAACUUCUCGGAGGACUUUGGUGACGCUCCUAUUGUGAUCCGUGAUGCGUACACAUUUGGUGCUCCGGUUGUGGGCAAUCGUCCUACGUCGCAGCGAUUUAAUGUGGUCAUUAGAGGACAAAGGGACGUGAAGACUCUGUGGAGAGUCACGAAUCGCAACGACAUCGUUGCCACAGGUGGUCCUCAACUGGGCAAUAACCCCAACUUGGAGCUUACUUCAACGAACCCUGCUGGAUUCGCUCAUAUCGGCGCAGAAAUCAGGAUGCUGGAUUACGACACUCCUUCUCAGUUCGCUGGUACACUCUACGAUGCGGACACUAUCGUGAAGAUCACGAGUAUAUUCACCGCAGAAGAUUUGAAGGAACAGCGAGUGCAGCAGCUCUUAGAUCAUCCUGACUGGGAGAAGAGGGUGGGAUGGGGGAAUUUCGUUCAGCAGAUUCCAGUGGUCGGGAGAGUCUUUGCCCACUCACCAGGUCUUUAUUGGAAUCAGCUGGCCGCUUUGGCCCCGAUUUACUGUGUCUGGGUGAGGGGCUAUGAACCCGUUGAUGUGUUCUCCGCAAUUUUUUUGCUGUUCAUCAGUAGAUGAUUUUCCUGGUCUGUGAUUAUGCGACCGAGAUACGUGUCUUGGUAGUGUCGCUUCUUCUUGUUUGCGCCUGUAUUUAAGCCACCAUCCUGUGUUUGGUAGGGGUCAUUCAUAUUGGAAAUACUCAGACUCCC